AUGUCAAACCCAAUAAAUUUUUCACAAUUGACAGCACAACAACAACAACUAUUAUUUCAACAACAACAACAACAAUUAUUUUUAUUACAACAGCAACAGCAACAGCAACAACAACAGCAGCAGCAGCAACAACCAGUACCAUCAGUACAACCACAGUUAAAAUCUAGACAGUCUACACUUGGUUUACCUAGCAGAAAGCCACCAGCUGCCCCACAACCUGUUCAAACAAACCAACCCCAACCCACACCACAACCAACAUUAACACCACAACAACAACAAAUAUUAUUACAACAGCAACAAUAUCAAUUUUCAAAUAAUGCAAUACCCUCUUCUAGACACAGUAUUAUUGGUCCAUCGUCAUCAGCAAAUAGACAAUCAUUAGGACCACCAACUGUAUAUAAUAACAAUGCUACUAAUAAUAUUAAUAUAAGAAGUACAAUGCUACCAUCUCAAAACUUUAAUAACAAUAAUAACAAUAGUAAUGUCAUAAACAAUGGUGGUAAUAGUAGUAUGGGUGGUAGAAUAUCAACCAUUAGCACAACAUCAUCAACUGGUACAAUAGGUUCAAAUUUAAAUUCAAAUAUUAAAAAUAAAGAAGGUAAAAAAUCGAUUGGUAUUAAAAAUGCAGCACCACAACAAUUAAGACAGGAAAAUAGACCUAUUAAUGAUGGAAAAUUUCAACAAAACUGCUUAUCAAAGAUUCAGCAAUUCCUUUCGCGUAGUGAAAAAUGCUACCCAAAACAAAUCAAUAAAGAUAAUAUUAGUAAUGAAAUUUUUGGUAUAAUGAAGUUUCUUAUUCACUUUAUUGAUCCACACUUUAAACUGCCACCUGACAAGCAAGAGGAAGAAAUUAUAGCCUUCUUUAAGAGAAUGGGUUAUCGAUCAUCCGGUUUCACAAAACGUGCUUUUAGCACAGUUCCAUCAGUCCACAACAAGGGUCAUUUAUUGGGUGCAUUAGUAUGGAUCAUCGAGCUUAUCGAGUACGAUCAAGAGGUUAGAUUUAGAGAGGCCGAUAUUGAAAAGGAUAUUUUGGGCGAUGAUGAAAUUAGUAUCAAGAUGUUUUCAAACCAGGUAUUCAAAUCAUAUGAAUCUUUUCUUCAAGAUGUUGAAGGUGAUAACAGAGUAGAUAUCUUUUUAGAGAGCAGAUAUGCUGAAGCCAACGAAAAAAUAAUACGCGAAAAAGAGGAAUCACUAGAAAGACAAAAGAAAUUUAAACAAGAAAUUCAAAAACUAAAUGAAUUUUUAGCCAAUGACGAUAUUGAAAGGUAUAAUAGUUUUAUUGAAACCACCACCCAAGAUAUUAUAGCGGCCACGGAUCAAAUUAAUGUUUACGAGCAAGAUAAUCAAGAGUUGGAUAAUAUAAUAUUAGAUAACGAACAUCAAUAUACAUCACUUGAAGACCAUCUCUCUGAUUUAAAACAAAGAAAAAAAGACAAUGAAUCGCGUAUCCUCAUUCAACAGAGCAAUUUAGUCGAUGCCAGAAGAAUUAAUCAAGAGAGAUCGGAAUUACAAGAGGAAUUGGAUAAAGUCAAUAACGAUUUAUCGAGACAGGAUCAAAUGAAACAAGAAAUUGCAAGAGAUAUCAAACACUCUGUUACAAAUAUUGAAGAGCAAAUUCAAACAUACAAAGAAAUAUGUUGUAAGGCAUCUUUGGUAACCGACAACAAUAUGAUCAUUGAAAAAUACAGAAUCAACUUUAGUGCACCAUCAGAUGGUGAAGUAUCGGUAUCAGAUUUAAAACAAGUAAUUAAAAAUUUAAAGCAACUAAACAACGACCUUCAAAACAGCAGUAGAACUAUCAAAACCGAAUUACAAACCAACAACAACCAAUUAGAGGCACUUAAGGAAACCAUCAAAGAUAAAGAUUUAGAAGUUGCACGUAUUAGACAGAAAUUUGAAAAACAAAAAGAAUCUUUAAAGAAUGAAAAAAAGAAUCAAAACUUGGACAUCCAACAACGUGAAGAGAAUAUUGAAUUGCUCCAAAUAACUAAUAAAAAGAACUUGGAUGAUGGCCGUUCUGACCUCGAAAAAACCCAAAGACUAUUUGAACAACACAAAGAAGAAUAUAAACGUUUAAAACAUGAAUUGGAACAAACCACCGAUACCAUUAAACUAAACUACACCACUAGAAUACAAAGAUUCGUUCAACAUAGACAAUUUGUUGGUAAUCAAAUUUAUGAAACUGUUAAACAAAUGGAAGAACUAAGCAAUACUCAAAAAAAGCUUUUCCCACCAACACAACAACAAUCACAACUCCAACAACAUUCACAAUUACAACACUCACAAUUACAACAUUCACAAUUAUAUCAUUCCCAAAACAACAACAACAAUAAUAAUUUACAAUCAAAUUUAUCAUCCUCUGUUAUUGGCAUAAGUGAUUCAUAA